AUGCGCGCCUCCGUCGUCUUCGCAAGCUUCAUCGCUGUCGCUGUCAGCGCUCCCCUCGAUGUUUCCACUCGACCUAUCGAUGUCCCGGAAAUCGUAAACCUUCCAGUCGAUGUCCCGGAGGUACCAGGCGUCUCAGCUGAGCUACCCGUUAGACGUCAGGAACUUACCGAGAUCGACGGUCUGCUAGAGCCAGUGACUGGUCUUGUCGACGAGGUACAUGUACCAUCGGUCUCAGUCGACCUCCCCGUCAAGCGUCAGGAACUUCCAGACUUCAAUGCUCUUCUCAACGAUGUAGAACUCCCAGAGCUACCGUCGGUCGAGCUGCCCAUCAAACGUCAAGAACUCCCGGUGGUCAACGGUCUUAUUGAGCCUGUGGACGGUCUUCUUCAGCCUGUGACUGAUCUGGUCGACGACGUCAACCUUCCCAUCAAGCGUGAAGCUCUCGGCCUCGGCGCUGGACUCCCCGCGGUCCCAGAGAUUGAGACCCCUGAAAUCGAGCUCCCAGCGCUCUCUGUCGACGUUCCUAUCAAGCGUGACGGUCUCGGCCUCCCCGCUCUUCCCAGUGUCAGCCUACCCGAGGAAGUCAACGACCUUAUCAGCAAGCGCGGUGUCGAGCUACGUCUCGAGCUACCCACUGUGCUAGAUCUUGCCCUGUCUGAGGUAGACAAGCUCGAGAUUGAGUCUACGCUUAAGCAGGUUGUCAGCGAGUUGACUGGAUUGGUUAGCAACUCGAAGCUGUCUGUUUCUCCCGGUGCUGGACUGCCCGAGAUCAACAACGUGGAGAUAGAGGCCACUAUCAAGGCGGUGCUCAACAUCUUGACUGGUCUGCUUGGUUAG